AUGCUCACUGCAAACAUCACCGCAACUGACCCUCUGAACACCAGCGGAGUUCCGUCUCCAUCUGCACAAGGGAGGCCGAAGGAAAGGGGCGAUGCAGGAAGACGAACAGGCGAAGAGGAGACACAACAAAACAGCGAGACGACGCGGAGCGUUUGUGGCGCACGCAACAAGGCCGGAGCGGACGAGAACAGACGCUAUCGUGGCAGGUCGUUUGCUUGUCGGUUCAUGCAUGUUUUUGUCGUCAAACAACCCCAGGUAUUUGUCGCCUUUCACACCUUCCUUCUCUGUACACCAUCUCUUUCCUCGCCUGCCUCUUCGCUAUUGACGUUUGCAAACAGCCCCAAAAUGGUUACUUGCCACACAAAGGCACAAAGACACAACAAUAACAGUCUUCUUCUUCACCCUCAGACUCAACACCAUCCAUCCGAGCAAACAAUGCCAUACAUUGCAGCGCUGACAGUCGAGCAGCAUGCCACCGGCUUUGGCUUCGGCACACCGUCGCCACGGCUGUUGUGGCGCUUUAUCUUGGCCGAGAAAGAGAAGGAGGUGGCUGAAGACGACUGCGACUGCGACUGCGACUGCGACUGGGCACAGUCAGCCUACGACGUUGAAGUGCAGCGUCAGGCCGAAUCUGCAGUAUGA